UCCAAGAUGGCUACAGGAGACAAUAGCGGUCGGGUUCCGUGUUUAAAUGUAUCCGGACCUCUGGGUAACAGCCAACCGAGUAACAGUCCUUACGCAAUAGCUGCGGCUCACGGAGGAUCCGUCGUGGGCGUUGGAGGGUCUCAGGGCACUACCAGGCGCUCGAACCCUCAGCCGGGGCCUGCAGGCCUGGAAAGCCCCGGUGUUGCGUCGGGACCUCCGCCUAACCUGAUGAACUCUCUUCCGCUGACGGGGCCGCUAGCUCCUGUCGCCUCGAAUAUGACAGGAAACCCGUCUAACGCAGCGAUGACACCGGCGGUCGUCACGCACUCCGCUGCCGCCGUGCUUGUGUACCGGGAACCCGUUUAUAACUGGCAAGCGACGAAAAGCACCGUGAAGGAGAGAUUUGCGUUUCUGUUCAAUAAUGAAGUGCUGAGCGACGUUCACUUUCUAGUGGGUAAAGGAAUGGGUGUUCAGCGGAUACCUGCACACAGGUUUGUUCUGGCGGUUGGCAGUGCGGUGUUCGAUGCCAUGUUUAAUGGAGGCAUGGCCACCACAUCUACAGAAAUCGAGCUCCCUGAUGUCGAAGCUGCUGCGUUCCUUUCCUUACUGAAGUUCUUAUACUCUGAUGAAGUUCACAUUGGACCAGAGACAGUGAUGACCACUCUGUACACCGCAAAGAAAUAUGCCGUGCCGGCCCUGGAGGCCCAUUGCGUCGAGUUUCUCAAGAAGAACCUGCGAGCGGAUAACGCCUUCAUGCUGCUCACACAGGCUCGACUCUUCGACGAGCCGCAGUUGGCCAGUCUGUGUCUGGAGAACAUUGACAAGAACACAGGAGACGCUCUGGCUGCGGAGGGAUUCACAGAUGUCGAUCUGGACACACUGGUUGCAGUUUUGGAGAGGGACACUCUGGGCGUGCGAGAGGUACGUUUGUUCGGGUCAGCGGUCCGCUGGGCAGAGGCAGAGGCUCACCGUCAGCAGCUACAGCCCACACCAGAGAACAAGAGACGUGUGCUGGGCAAAGCCCUCGGUCUCAUCCGCUUCCCCCUCAUGACGAUAGAGGAGUUUGCCGCAGGUCCUGCCCAGUCGGCCAUUCUGACAGACAGAGAGGUUGUGAGUCUGUUCCUGCACUUUACUGUAAACCCUAAACCACGCGUGGAGUUUAUCGACCGGCCGCGCUGCUGUCUGCGGGGUAAAGAAUGCAAUAUCACACGCUUCGGACAGGUGGAGAGCCGCUGGGGCUACAGCGGAACUAGCGACCGCAUUCGGUUCUCUGUAAAUCGCAGGAUAUUUAUCGUGGGUUUUGGACUGUAUGGAUCCAUUCACGGACCUACAGACUAUCAAGUAAACUUACAGAUCAUUCACACAGACAGCAACACAGUGUUGGGUCAGAAUGACACGGGCUUCAGCUGUGACGGGUCAGCCAACACGUUCAGAGUCAUGUUUAAAGAGCCAGUGGAGGUUCUGCCUAAUGUCAAUUACACCGCCUGCGCUACAUUAAAGGGUCCAGAUUCACACUACGGCACUAAAGGCAUGAGGAAGGUGACGCACGAGUUAUCCGGAUCCGGAACCAAAACCUGCUUCACGUUCUGCUACGCCGCAGGCAACAACAAUGGCACAUCUGUUGAAGACGGACAAAUCCCAGAAAUCAUCUUCUACACGUAGUCAUCGGGGCAACUCGAGGCUCACACGGACUGUUUCCAGUGGCACAAUAUCAGAGGACUGAAAAGAAAUGGACAUUUGAGCCACUCAUUAUCAUUAUGGGAUGGACGGUUUAUCUUCAGGGGUUUUUGUGCAUUUAAUAAGUGACAGUAGAGGCUUUUUGAGUGCCCAUAUUUACACAUUACAACUAUUAUUUUGGGGUGAAAUUCGCCUAUAAUCUCCAUUAAGGACAACACCUUUCUAUGGAUAUGCAACUCUACGGUUUCCAUUUAUGAGAGUACAGAUUGUGAGGAAUUAUUUGGAAGCCAUUCAAGAGAUUUGGGAAUGCCGUGAUCUUUUACUUUCCCGUUUGUGCCAAGAUUACCCGUUUCUAUAGAAUGACUCCUUAAAGGAAUAUUCCGGGUUCAGCUCAAUCGACCACAUUUGUGGCAUAAUGUUGAUUACCACAAAAAUAUAUUUCGACUCAUCCGCCCAUUUCUUUAUAUAAAGCAUAAAUGAGUGUUCCAGUGAGACACUUCCAAUGCAAGUCAAUGGGGUUUAAUCUGUAAACAUUAAAAUACUGUUUCACAAGUAUAGACACAAGACAUAAACAAUAUGUGUGUGAACAUGAUUUUACUGAGAUAUAUAAUCACUUACUGACCACAUCUGUGUGAAGUUAUAGACAAUUUUACAACUUGUUGCCAUGGAGAUGUAGCGCUUAAUCCCUAAAACAAACUUUACAGGUCAAAGAAUACACAAGUUUAACAGAUGAAUUAAUGUAAGUGCUUUUAUAAAAUUAGAAUAUUCAUAUUUCUGCCUUUAAAUCCCCUACAAGUAUGCCCCAUUGACGUCCAUUGUAAGUGGUCUCAACCUCCAUUUUUGCUUUUUUUAAAGAGUCGAAAUUACAUUUUUAGGUAAUCGAUGUUAUGCCAGAAAUAUUGUCCAUUGAGCAACUUGUGUUGAACCUGGAAUGUAUUCCUUUAAACUUAGUGAAACUAGAGGAUUAAAAAUAAAUCCAUUCAGUGAAGCCACAUUAUUUAUUAUUUAGGAUGAAUCUCACCUGUAGACUGUUUGGCACAAACACUCCUGCAGAGUGAUUUUUUCAUUGUUGAUGGGUCUGUAAAUAUUGCACCAGUUUCAAUUUAUUUGACAGGAGAGAUCAUAGAAUCAUAUUUUUUAAAUAGGAGUAUGUUUGAACAAUUCCAUUUAGGGUAGUCAGGGACGGAUUACAUUGACAUGUGAUGUCUGUAUCUAAAAGGUGAUUGGCUGUUUUACCUUUAAGGCGGGAUUUUUCUACAUCCGUUGAACGUUCCAAUUUCAAUUAAAUUCAAAUUCUGUUAAUUUUAACAGAAGCGGCCCGUCUCAACUAAAUAACCUCUUAAGUUGUUCCGUGAACUUUUGCGUUUUCCGAUUGGACGUUUAUUUAAUUUAAAAUCAGCAUGUUCUGGUAAAACGCUAAAUCUUGUUUUAAUGCAGCGGUUGAUUGACAGGUCUACUCACCAGAAUGGCGCUUGGGGAGUCAAUGAAGCCUAUCCGCUGUCAUGCAUAUGCCAUUAUAAUGGAUGCAACGCCCCUUAAUGCACAUAAAAUUUAAACAAGUAUGACAGAUAAAACGAGACCAUGACGGAAAAUGUACAACUCAGUCCGUCAAAGUGACGGAUACAUAUAUUUUCUAGCGCAACCUGCACUGUAGUAGAGAUUAUUUAGCUGAGACGGGCCAAUCCUAUUUAAAUUAUUUGGAGAAAUUGGAGAGCCCAACAGUGACCGACCACUUUUUCAGCCGCCUGUGUUCCGGAAGGCAAAAAAGUAUUUGAAAAUCGGACAUAAAGAAAAAGAUACAAGGAUGUAUACUUCCUGUUUCAUGAGUGCACGGACUACAAUCCCAUGAUGCAUUGUGAAUGAUGUCAUUAAUUAUAAACGACGGGAAAAUAUAAAACCAUUUUUAGAUUGUUAAUCAGAAAUAAAUAACUCUUACGUUUAUUGCAAAAUAUUCUGAUAUAUACAUAGUUUAAGGGUGAAGGAAGACUCGAUUACGUCAUUCAUAGUGCGACAUGAAAGCGCGGUCGCGCACGGCCACGUUUCACUGAAUGCGGAUCUCUGAUUGGUCAAUCUUCUUGAACGCACCAUGGGUAAUAUAGUUGUUUACCAAGGACUCCGUUAUCAAACACGAUUUUUAAACACCACGCUUCAUGCUUAUAGUGUCUUUAUUCUCAAACCACACCUCUUUUAAGAGGACCAUUUGAUCAUACACAUAUUACAGAAACUGAGAUUAUGCAGACUGAUUUACAACCUCGGAGCUCACAAUAGGUCCCCCUUUAAACGUUUAUAAUUUAUCGCUGAGAAUCAAUACGUCUAUGGGAUAAAUGCAUGGCAUUUCAUUUUAGGGUGAACCGUCCUUUUAAGUGUAGUAUAUGUGCCAAUUAGAUUUCUUUAAAGGGACCAAAAAAAAAAAAGUAACAAAUGCCAACAUUAAACCACCAUUUCUGUGAACUUAAGUUUCACAAAGUUUCAUGACCCUUGAAAAUUCACCUAAUGGUCCAAAACAGGAAAACCUUAAACAUUCAGUAAACUCCAGACAACAGGCUGAAGGUCUGUGCCAAGCUUUGUGGAUGCAACAAAUGUUUCAAGAUUAAAUUACUUCAAAAAUGUAAUUUCAGGUUCAAUACAAGUUCAGCAUCUGUGGCUUA